UAAAGGAACUGUUCCAGGACCAGUUCUGAGCAUAGAGGUGUUCCGCUCGGCGGAAAUGACGCAUCGUUGAUUUGAUGUCAAAGGUCACGAAAAUUUUCUCAACUUCCUUUCCUGCUAACAGUGGCCACAGAAUAGCACCAAGAUGGGCAAAUUCAUGAAACCUGGGAAGGUGGUGAUGGUCCUUGCUGGGCGCUACGCUGGUCGUAAAGCUGUUAUCGUCAAGAACAUUGAUGAUGGUACCUCAGACCGCCCUUAUAGCCAUGCACUGGUCUCUGGCAUUGACCGCUACCCCCGCAAAGUGACCACAACCAUGGGCAAGAAGAAGGUUGCCAAGAGGUCCAAGAUCAAGGCUUUCGUAAAGGUGUACAACUACAAUCACCUCAUGCCCACCAGAUACUCUGUGGACAUUCCUCUGGACAAAACAGUCGUCAACAAGGAUGUCUUCAGAGACCCUGCCCUGAAACGCAAAGCCAGGCGGGAGGCCAAGAUUAAGUUUGAGGAGAGGUACAAGACAGGCAAGAACAAAUGGUUCUUCCAGAAGCUUAGAUUCUAGGCGUUCAUUGGUUUCACUAAUAAAUGUAUAAUAAAAAAAA